AACUAGAACGGCUAUCAUUUAAUCAUCGGCAUCCUCUGCCAUACGGUCCACUGUGGUCGUAACGUUUGCGGUUAAAAUUCGAGCGUCAGUAAACAUCCAGUGGCUGGAAGGUCACCAUCAUCAUCGCAAACGCUCGCUGCUGUUUGCGCAGACCGGUACAGUGCAACCGGCUUGGACGAGGCUGAAGAUGGAAUUGAACGUUACUGGGGCAGGUUACCUACAGCAACGAUGGGACGCAUUCUUGGACGUUGUCGGAGAUGACCCAGAACGGUUGUACGUGUGGGGGCUCUCGCUGUACACACACGGGCUUUACUGGGUGCUCGGAUCGUUCUUCGUGUUUAUGGAUGUUUUCCAAUGGCCACCGGCGCUAAGAAAAUUCAAAAAUCAACCCGGCCUUAACGAACCACUCAAGUGGAAUGAUCUGCGGAAGAUCAUUCGCACGGUACUGAUCAAUCAGCUGCUGAUCAGCGUACCGAUAACGCUGUUCGGCUUCCGGGCACUGCUGGCUAGUGGCGCUGUUGUGAAUGUGCGUACCCUGCCGUCGCUGUACGAGGUGGUGCGUGAUCUGCUGAUCAGUGCUGCCGGUUGGGAGCUCGGAUUUUACUACAGCCACCGUUUGCUACACUCCAAGCAUCUGUACAAGCUGAUUCACAAGCAGCACCACGAGUUCACGGCACCGGUUGCCUGGGCCGCGAUCUAUGCACAUCCGAUCGAGCAUAUCUUCAGCAAUCUGCUGCCACCGUUGCUCGGCGUACAGCUGAUGCGCAGUCACGUACUAACGACGGCACUGUGGUUAACGUUUGUCAUUCAGGACACCAUCACCGGACACUCGGGGUACCACGUGCCAUUCCUGAGCAGCAACGAAGCGCACGACUAUCAUCACAUGAAAUUCAACCAGUGUUACGGUGUCUUUGGUUGGCUCGACUGGCUACACGGUUCCGAUGCUCAGUUCCGUGCAUCGCAAUACUACCAGCGGCACCAGAUGCUGCUCGGUACGAAAUCCGCCCGCGAGUUGGUACCGGACGAUAAGAAAAAGCUGCACAAAGCGAAGUGAAAAGAAGGCGAGUAUUUUGUAAAUAAAAAGUAAGCUAGCUUUAUACAAAAGAGAUCAAAAUCGUUCAAAAAUUAAUUGAUAUGAAAGCGAAUAUAGCAUUUAUGCCUUAUUUUCAAGUCAAA